GUCCUGACAAUUGCGUGGUCGAGGUGGAAAACGGCGGGAUGCUGUGUAGCCGGAAGGGAGUCAACCUGCCGGGGGCUAAGGUGGACUUGCCGGCCUUGUCCCAGCGGGACAGGCAGGACCUGGAAUUCGGGGUGCAACAGGGGGUGGAUAUGAUCUUCGCCUCCUUUAUCCGCAAGGCUGAGGAUGUGAUCGGCAUCCGACGGGCGCUGGGGGAACGCGGCAGCCACAUCAAAAUCAUCAGCAAGGUCGAAAGCCACGAGGGGGUCCAGAGGUUCGAUGAGAUCCUGGAAGCCAGUGACGGCAUCAUGGUGGCUCGUGGGGAUCUGGGGAUCGAAAUCCCCGCCGAGAAGGUUUUCCUCGCUCAGAAGAUGAUGAUCGGCCGUUGCAACCGUGCGGGCAAACCCGUGAUCUGCGCCACGCAGGUGAGCUGUACCAAAUGGACCACACCUGGCGGGUUAGGCGCCUUCCGUCAACAGGUGGCGCCUUUUCACCGAAGGGACACAAAAACAGGACCAAUCCUGGGGCAGGUCGAAGUGAUUGGAGAUGAAUGGAGAGAACUGCCUCCCAUUGGCCCUGAAAACAAAGAUGGAAGGUUGAUUGAGCUGCGGGGACUUCAACUCCCAGAAUCCCCCAGUCAGCUUGGUUUAA